AUGAAGGAUCUGGACCUGCUGCACAGACAGAACAUGGCCCCUAAACUCAUACUCGAGAUGAGCCUUAGUUUGGCAAGGGAUGUGCUCAACCUUCACGACCGCUAUGAGGAUCUCAAGCCUACCUUCAAAACCUCUGAGUUCUGCAAGGCCACUCAUGAAGCGAACUUGGCUGAUUUUGCAAAGCAAAAGGCAGAACUGGACCAGAUGGUGGCGGGAUACAAGGAAGCCAAGCCCACUGCAGACAAGCUGGAGAAGCAGAUUGAAGAGCUUACAAAACAGCUGGCAGAGUGCAGGGAAGUGCAGAACAGGCUCGGGGCUGGACUAAGCUCCAAGACUAAGGCUACCUUCCUUGUGCAGAGCAUGGUUGCAGCUUCCAGGCCAGCCUUGGAGAUUGCAGAGGCUUCAAUCCAUCAAGGGAUGCUGCUUCAGAAGGAACUCUCCAUAAAGAAAGUUAACUUGCAAGAAACCCUUAGGAAGUUAGGGUUUUGA